AAUCUUCAUGUGUUGACAGAUUCACAUCUGCUGAUAAUGAUGAACUCAAUGUUGAAUUGUUAAUCAAGAACUUGAAGAUUAUAAUAAUGAAGAAAUUGUCUAUACUAUGUAUAACUAGGUCUUCUGCAUCUCUCUCUGCCUUUUCUGCUACUGCUUCUUUCUCUGCU